GCCACAGAUCCGGCUGUCACUGGCAGGACUCGGCUCAGGACAAAGGAAGCAGCCAGCCCCUGCCUUCUCCAGUGUUCUCUUCUCUCCAAGCGGACAAAGCAGCCCGUCCCUCUCCUACUCCUCCCCCAAAGUUCCGUUCCGUUCCGUUCAGUUCCCUCCCGCAGGUCAAAACCCUCAACCUCCCACGCGGCUCGCUCGCUGGGUGGGUCGGCCAUGGCUCCCCCCGCGCUCGGAUCUCAGGUGGCCGCCGCAGCCUCGGUGCCCGUCGGCUCGGACUCUCUCGCCAAGGGCGCGGCGCUCAAGGGUAACAGCACUCUAAACUUUCGGACCAAACCAUGCAUCGGGAUGGCAUUAGCGUGGAAAAACAGGACCCAGCAACCACGGCGUCUGAACAAGGUACUCUGCAUGUCUGUUCAACAAGCAAGCAGAAGCAAGGUUGCUGUCGUGCCCAUCGAGUUGGAGAAGGCAAAGGAGCCACCGCUCCACCUGUACAAACCAAAGGAGCCUUACACGGCCACGAUCGUCUCUGUCGAGAGGCUUGUAGGACCCAGAGCUCCUGGCGAAACAUGCCACGUUGUCAUUGAUCAUGGCGGCAAUGUUCCGUACUGGGAAGGACAGAGUUACGGCGUCAUUCCUCCUGGAGAGAAUCCAAAAAAACCUGGAUCUCCCAAUACUGUUAGGCUCUAUUCAAUUGCUUCUACUAGGUAUGGUGAUUCUUUUGAUGGAAAGACAGCAAGCUUAUGUGUUCGCCGUGCUGUUUAUUAUGAUCCUGAAACUGGAGAGGAAGACCCCUCAAAGAGAGGUGUCUGCAGUAACUUCCUGUGUGGCUCAAAACCAGGGGACAAAGUUCAGAUCACAGCGGACAUUCAAAACGUGGUCCAUCUUACAUGGUGUCCUUACCAGGGCCCCUCGGGCAAAAUAAUGCUUCUUCCUGAGGAUGAUCCAAAUGCCACUCAUAUCAUGAUUGCCACGGGGACCGGUGUUGCUCCCUACCGUGGCUACCUACGUCGCAUGUUCAUGGAAGAUGUCCCAACUUUCAAAUUUGGUGGUCUGGCUUGGCUCUUCCUUGGUGUUGCGAACUCUGACAGCCUUCUCUAUGACGAAGAGUUCACAAACUACCUUCAGCAGUAUCCAGACAAUUUCAGGUACGACAAAGCGCUAAGCAGGGAGCAGAAGAACAAGAGCGGCGGGAAGAUGUACGUGCAGGACAAGAUCGAGGAGUACAGCGACGAAAUCUUCAGACUGCUAGAUGGCGGUGCGCACAUCUACUUCUGUGGUUUGAAGGGGAUGAUGCCGGGGAUCCAGGACACGCUCAAGAAGGUGGCUGAGCAAAGAGGCGAGAGCUGGGACCAGAAGCUGUCACAGCUGAAAAAGAACAAGCAGUGGCACGUCGAGGUUUACUAGGCUAUAAGAUGGCAAGGAUUGUGAUUGUUUAGCUACUGAGCUGAGAAACUGGACGUAUGAUUGAACGACUGUGGCUGCUGCGAUGUAAUGUAACAUUGUAGACUUGGAUUCAUAAGCUUCUGCUCCAAAUGGUGAAUAAAAUGAAGCACGCGGUUUGUAGCUGCUACUACCAGUAUCAGGACAGUUUCUUUUUGCUCGUUUCGUAUAGGUUGAUUAAGCUAUUUUUAAGGGUA